UACCUGUUUUCAGAUCGUAGGGGACUCCUUUCUGCAACAUAUUUCCCCGUCUAGUCCUCUCCGCUUGUGAUUAGAGCUCGACAGCCAACAAAAAUCAGCAGAGCGUUCGUUUAGUAUAUUUAGAGAUGACCGUUUGUAUUGCUGCUGCCUGAAACAGGCUUUGUUCGCAGUUAUAAAGUGUUUCCGCCGCAGUUAGCUCAGCUCGCGAAGGGACAGCUUUAAGCUAACAUUAGCCGUUAGCCUGUGGUAGAUUUACGGGCUUAUAUCCGCUGCUGUCCUGCCAGGUAAAUAAGCUAAAGCUGCUCAACCACUAUGUUUUUCUCCUUUAAGUCCUUUCUCAGUAUUGACAUUGAUAAAUAAUUCAUCUAUAGUGAGACGCUCUGCUCGGCUUUUGCGCAGGUUCGGCCUAUUUUUUUUUAUUUUCUUUCUCCUUUUUUGUUUUGUUUCUGAACGUCUACAUAAAGGAAAUAAAAAAGCAGAAGUAGCAGUUGGGGGGGCAGGCUGUUUGUCAGGCUAACCGUAGACUGUUUGGUGUGAACAAAGGCGCCAGCUGCUGACUCCGGAUUAUCGUGAAAAGAUUCAUAAAAGCAGAAUGGCGCAACACGACCCCUCUCAUGUAGCCAGCUCUCAGAAAGCUCUGAUGUUGGAAAUGAAGAGCCUUCAGGAGGAGCCUGUUGAGGGAUUUAAGAUAACUCUGGUGGACGAGGCUGAUCUGUACAACUGGGAAGUGGCCAUCUUCGGACCACCAAACACUCACUAUGAGGGGGGAUACUUCAAGGCUCGGAUCAAGUUUCCUACCGACUACCCAUACUCCCCACCAGCUUUCCGUUUCCUCACCAAAAUGUGGCAUCCUAACAUUUAUGAGAAUGGCGACGUGUGCAUUUCUAUACUGCAUCCUCCAGUGGACGACCCACAGAGCGGAGAACUUCCAUCAGAGAGAUGGAAUCCUACACAGAAUGUCCGAACCAUUUUACUGAGUGUAAUCUCUCUGCUGAAUGAGCCCAACACCUUUUCUCCUGCCAACGUGGAUGCCUCUGUCAUGUAUCGCAAAUGGAGGGACAGCAAAGGCAAGGAUCGGGAGUAUGUAGAGAUCAUAAGGAAGCAAGUGAUGGCCACCAAAGCAGAAGCUGAGCGCGACGGAGUCAAGGUGCCCACCACUCUGGCUGAGUACUGCGUCCGCACGCGCGCCCCAGCCCCGGACGAGGGCUCUGACCUCUUCUACGACUACUACUACGAUGACGACGACGUGGAGGGAGAGGACGGCGACUGCUGCUACGACGAGGACGACUCUGGCAACGAGGAGUCAUGAUGUGCUUUGUGGCAAAAGCGCCUAAUCUCUCCGUCAGAUGCUCCUCCUUUCUCUCUGCCCGGGUUGCCCGUUACUCCAGGUUUACAACCAAGAUUGGAAGCUUCCUUCUUCUAAAUCAAUAAGAGCUUUUUUUCCUCGAGCCUUAGAGGUUUAAAGUUGAUGCCUCGCCCUGAGGGGGUCAGACUUGGUUCAAAUUUGCACCAGCAACAAAUGUCACCAGUUCCUCUCUGUUUUUCAGUCAUCACCUCAACCUUACUUUGAGAGAGCGUUACCUAAAUGCACACAUAUUCCAGUGUCAUUAGACCAUGCGUUUAGAAUAAAGUGUUGAUUAUUGGGUAAGUACCACUGCUAACGAGGACAUUUUCUCUGGUGUAAACUUUUCGAAACAUGACUCAGCCUCUUUCUCCCCUUCUCAUAUUUGUACUUCGCUAAUUGUAAGUGGCUGCUGCUCUCUGAUGGAAAAUGGUGACUUAAUGCAGCCUGUUUGUGUUGGAUAAAGCCCUGCAUUUUUGUUUUUUUUUUGUUUUUUAGUUUUGCAGCGUCUCUUCUGGAUAGGACAAGGCACGAAUGAAUUGUUACGUGACAGUGUUUUCAAAGUUCUUGUGCAUGCCAGAGCAUAUUUGAAAGCGUUUCAUCUCUCUCUUCCUUACCGGUGGACUGUUUCCCCUCCUUCCACGACAACACAAAGACUUUGACGUGACGAUGGAGGAGCGAGGAGCCGGCAAAGUCAGAGGGCUCAGUUCCUCACAUGAACAUUUUUACUAACAUGAAAACUGAUGUUUGCUGGCUUUUUUUUUUCUGGUUACUGUCAGAGGUGAUUCUUCUGGGUUGUUUAGAGUAGAUGGAUUUUUCAAAGUCUUUGAGGGGAAUUGGGGACAGAAGUAACUGUUGAUCAGAAUUGUAUUUCCCUUUAGGCUCGAUCUCUGCAAUGCCUGAUGGACCCAAAGACCCAAAGCAUUGUUUAGAAGUUUUGACUAGUGUUUGGCGUGCUCUUUGUCUUUGUUUGCCUGUUUGCUCUCUUGCAAGCUUCAUCAUUAUUUGGCUUUCAUUUUGUUAGACAUUUUGCCUGAACUGUUUACUAAAAUGGCCAAGAAAUCUGUAGAUAGUGUUUGCUAGAGGUUGGGCUACUAGGAUUACUUAAGUUUUUACCCUUUCAAGUGAAAGUAGAAAAAUCGCCCCGUUUUAUUUCUCAUGAUCUUUGUUAGUUCAAAGUGAACAGAUUUGAUAAUAUUUUUUAGAGUGUAUGGGUGUCCUGUGUGUAUUUUAUUUUCCUGCCAGCAAUAUUGAUUUUUAUCUCUUUAAAUUGGGACAUCAUGAUGAAUUUCUCAGGAGAAAAUGACAUGCGAUAAAACAAUUAAGACUAGCAACUAAUUUCCUCUUGUGGUGGUCUUCAGUGUCAGUUUACAGCUUCUACAGGAACCGUAAAUCAAUAUGCACACGUAGCUGUAUAAAUGAUCACUAUUUUGUUUCAUUUCUGUCUUUUUUUUAUUAUUUCAGCUAUUUAAAACCGAAAUAAAGAUUUAUUUGAAA